CAGUCGUCACUGUUAGUUAUCCCAGCCACGAUGAAUGCGCCGCAUUGAUUUUUAAACCGUUUUAACGUUAAUGUCGCAAUUAUUAAUAAACAAUCGAAAUUGUCCUACGCAUUAUAACGAUUCUGACCAGUUAGUGCGCGACGCGAUUUUGUAUUUAUCGUCAUAAAAUGUAUUUGUACCGCUGUCAAUACCGGUAGUGUACAUCAGAAUACGCCCACGACACUUUAUAUAUGGAUUUUCCUUUUAAAACAGUGCGAGAAUUGUUUUAGAAGAGACAGUUAAUAGGGAAAAAGUUAAAAGAGUGUCGUUCGUUUCAUUCAUUUGGAUUAGUUGUAAUGAACCGUGACAGUUGAUCGAAUUGUGCAUCCCUUCUCUUUUUGACAUAAAACUAGGAGUGAGACACGAAAAAAUCGAUUUUUCGUUUACACGUGCGAAAAAUAACGAAGCACAUGUGAAUCUGGUAAAUACCGGAUAGAAUAAGUAAGGAAUGGGAAUUGACAGUAUGAGAGUUGGAGGAGGCCGAUGUCCUCCCCUCCUUGUUGGAGGACUUCUCGUCGCUUGUUUAAUGCUAAUUUGCAACUGGUGGACUUUGUCUUCGGAAAAUAUUGAGCUGGUUAGACAGAUCGACGAAUUGAACGAACAGCUUAAAAUUAGUGCCGAAGAGAGAGAUCAAUGUGUUACAUUACGUGGAAAUUUGGAGCAGCGAUACAAACAUGCAGAGGAAGAGAUAGCAUCCUUGCAUGUACGUUUAGAACAACAAGCAGAUUUGAAGAAGAAAAAUGAAGAAUUGGAAGAUUCUGUUAGUAUAUGCAAGAGUGAAUUGGAUUCGCUGAACAAAUUAGAUGCUACCAAAACUGCAACAUUAGAAACAUUAAGACUAGAAAAAAAUACAUUGAAUACGCAAAUAGACGUAAAACAGGAUGAAAAUAAAAAGUUACAAGAAGAAGUAGACGAGUUGAAAGAUGAACUUGACAAGCUCAAACUCACAUGCAAUAAAACUCCUGAAAGGAAACUUAAUGUCCUCCAGCAGUCUACAAGAACGCUCAUUAACAAGACUCAAUUGGGUCCUCUUCCGGAGACAGCUGUAAAAGUAUCUGUAGCUGGUCAACGUGGUUUGAAGUAUCAUGGAAUUCCAGUUCUUCCAACAGAUCCACCUGGCGCUAUGCGCCUAAGUCCUCGCCUCUCAGUUGCAAUGCUGAAAAGUAGCAAUACUUUUCUCCUACCUCAGGCUCAAGCAACUCCAAGACAACGAAACAAUACUUCCAAUGAUGGCAAAGAUGACAGUCUAAAUACAGAAGGAGUGGAUAACAUUGAAAAUAAUAAACAAGGAAACGCAGGAUCCACGGACAGCAAUGUAGCAGAAAGUGAAAGAGAUCAGGAAAUGAAAGCAGGAACUGGAGACUGAUAAAAAUGUAACAAAGGGAUUUCAUACAAUAACAGAAAAACAUGUUUUAAAUAUACAUUAAAAUGAUAGAAAUAUAACUUUUCAUAAUCGUUUAUAUCUGUUUACGAAUAAUAACAAAAUAUUAUUUACUCAUCACUACAUCAAAUUUCAAAAUCUUUUAUAAUUCAAUAAUUUGAAUUAAAAUACACGUACAACUACACGAGAAAGAAAACUUCAGAUAAGUGCCAAUUUUUUCUACUUAUACUAUGUAAGAUUUAUAUUAUACAACGUUUCUACUACUUCAAACAUUUUCUUAUUAUUUUGUGCUGUUAUUAAACUUUUCACUAAAAUAAAUGUUGAGAUAGCUUUAUAAAAAUUAAAAAAAUUAUAUUAGUCAAUAGCAAUAAAUUAUGUGUUGUUACUCUGAAUGUAAUUCAGUAUUCAACUGGAUCAUACCUAAAUAAAACAAAUAUAUUACUGAACAUUAAAUGUAUCUGCAGAGAAAUUGUGAAAAAUAAAUCGUUCUUGUAUAUUAA